CCCGCUGGGGGCGGGGGACGCAGGAAAGACCCCAAGGUUCCUCUCCCUUUCCCUAGCGGAUGCAGCCUUCCCUCCCCCACCACCGGGAGGGGUCGGACUUGAUUAAAGUCAUUUUUCAAGAAAUCGCUAGCGGCCCCCAGGUCACGGCACAGUCGGCUCCUGUGCGCCAGACGCACGCACUCCCUUUUUGGCCCACCCUGCUCCCCUAAGGUGGAAAGAGAAGAACAAGACAAGUCACUCUGGGAAGCGCCUGUCCGCUCUUUCCAUCUCCUGGAAGAGGGAGGCGAGAAAGGAAGGUCCCCGGCGGCUGGCGUCCGGUGGCGUUCGGGAAAAUCGGUUGCUCCUCAAGAAGCCGGGGAUGAGGCUUCUUAACGAAGAAGCGCGGCAGUCUGUGCUGGGGUCCGGGGCUUCUCCGCUCGUGGGCGGCCAAGGCAUUGUUUGGGAAGGAUCGCGCUGGACUGGCAAGGCGGACGCCGAGCUCGGACGUUUGACACCUGCGCCCUGAGCACAAUGCCCGCGCGCGCCUCUCCGGAUCUGUGCUUAUCCGGGUUGGGAACCCCUGAUCACGGGCUGCAUUUUCAAAUUCAGACACAUAAUCCGCCCUCUGGGCUCUACCCGGUGAGGACAAGAGAAUUAUGUGGUCAGAGCUGUAAAGGUGUAACUGCGCCAUCUUACUCCCGACUCUAGUCCUUUGAUGCGGGCUGAAAGCGAGGACCCUUGGAGGGCUGCCAAAAUGAUCAAGGGCUACAUGCAGCAACAUAACAUCCCCCAGAGGGAGGUGGUCGAUGUCACCGGUCUGAACCAGUCACACCUCUCCCAGCAUCUCAACAAGGGCACCCCGAUGAAAACCCAGAAGCGGGCUGCCCUGUACACCUGGUACGUCCGAAAGCAACGGGAGAUCCUCCGACAAUUCAACCAGACAGUCCAGAGUUCUGGAAAUUUGACAGACAAAAGCAGUCAGGAUCAGCUGCUGUUUCUCUUUCCAGAGUUCAGUCAACAGAGCCAGGGGCCUGGGCAGUCCGAUGACGUCUGCUCUGAGCCCACCAACAAGAAGAUGCGUCGCAACCGGUUCAAAUGGGGGCCCGCAUCCCAGCAAAUCUUGUACCAGGCCUACGACCGGCAAAAGAACCCCAGCAAGGAAGAGAGGGAGGCCUUAGUGGAGGAGUGCAACAGGGCAGAAUGUUUGCAGCGAGGCGUCUCCCCCUCCAAAGCCCACGGCCUGGGCUCCAACCUGGUCACCGAGGUCCGCGUCUACAACUGGUUUGCAAACCGCAGGAAGGAGGAGGCGUUCCGGCAGAAGCUGGCCAUGGACGCCUACAGCUCCAACCAGACGCACAGCCUCAACACCCUGCUCGCCCAUGGCUCCCCCCACCACCAGCCCAGCGCCUCGCCUCCAAACAAGCUGUCAGGAGUGCGCUACAGCCAGCAGGGAAACAAUGAGGUCACUUCCUCCUCGACCAUCAGUCACCAUGGCAACAGCGCCAUGGUGACUAGCCAGUCGGUUUUACAGCAAGUCUCUCCAGCCAGCCUGGACCCAGGCCACAAUCUCCUCUCACCUGAUGGUAAAAUGCAGAUCUCAGUCUCAGGAGGAGGUUUGCCCCCCGUCAGCACCUUGACGAAUAUUCACAGUCUGCCCCACCACAAUCCCCAGCAAUCUCAGAACCUCAUCAUGACCCCCCUCUCUGGAGUCAUGGCCAUUGCACAAAGCCUCAACUCCUCCCAAGCUCAGAGCGUCCCCGUUAUCAACAGCGUGGCCGGCAGCCUGGCAGCCCUGCAGCCCGUUCAGUUCUCCCAGCAGCUGCACAGCCCUCACCAGCAGCCCCUCAUGCAGCAGAGCCCGGGCAGCCACAUGGCCCAGCAGCCCUUCAUGGCCGCUGUGACUCAGCUGCAGAACUCACACAUGUACGCACACAAGCAGGAACCCCCCCAGUAUUCCCACACCUCCCGGUUUCCAUCUGCAAUGGUGGUCACAGAUACCAGCAGCAUCAGUACACUCACCAACAUGUCUUCCAGUAAACAGUGUCCUCUCCAAGCCUGGUGAUGCCCACACAUCACUCUUUGUGCACAGCAACAAGGACCCUAUUUUUCCACACCAUCACCCUCCGGGCAGCUGUCACGGGAAAGCACGGUGACCCGCUGAGCACCUGCGCGAGGUCCCUGCUCACCUGACGUCCUGUCCUGCUGGCGCCUCGGACAGUCGCCCUGAGAGGCGCGGCCCGAAGCCCAGCCUCCCAUCUACGCAGUAUUGUCACGAUGCCUCUCCCACGGUGUCCAGCACUCCCGUCUGCCCUCCAGGCGGGAGGCGAGAAACCACGGAAGAGGAAGCGAGAAAGCCGGAGUGUCUACAUUUUGCUCCUUCAUCGAACAAACUGACGUGAAAACUUGAAUCUGUUACUGAAAUGAGGAGGACGCGUGCUAUUGAACUGAGCCAAACCCACUGUAAAUAUCAGCCAACUCCCCCCACCACCCCCAUCCCGGCUGAUCUUCAGGUUUCUUUUAAAGAAGUAAAUUUGUCCAAUGGGUGUAAACUAUAAACUACUGUAAUUAAGUGCAAUUUCCCCCUCCACUUCCUCUCCCCCCUGCCCUGUAUAUAAUACUAAAGUGUCUAUUAGUUUUCUUUGUAAAGGUCAGAGUCGAAUUUUCAAAGUGAUUUGCCCCCUCUCUCUUCCCCCAGCAAGAAAUAUCUAAGGCGGCGGUGAAGUCCUUGCCCCAUUCCUCAGGCCUGGACACACACAGGGACUGUGUCUUUUGGACUGACUGCCAGCUAAUUCCGAUCUUCUGAUGUUAAGACACAUCUCUGGAUCCGUGGGAAGGCUGAACAUGGGGUCAGAUAAUGUCCUAGCUUCUGGUGGGGCUGGGGCCUCAGCCAGGACACCCCCCCACCCCCCAAAAAAAAC